CUACAGAGCGCCGGGCGCGCUCCUUUGGCGGCGGAUUCAAAGGUUCAGGCCAUGAUCUCGGGUAUAAAGAAGUGAUUUAGCGACCGAGUUGUUUUUGCUCUCCCGGCUAACGUAAGCUUCUGUGCGGUGCAGGGAGGACUUCGGAAGCUGAGGCCGCUGGUGCCUGAAGGAGAAGAUGGCGUUCUCGACUACAGUCUCUCAGAAGCAGCGAAUAAGGCGCAAGGCUCCCCGCGGCUUUCUAAAGCGCGUCUUCAAACGACAGAAGCCUCACCUUCGUCUAGAGACAAGUGGCGACCUAUUGGUGCAUCUAAACUGUUUAUUGUUUCUUCAUCGAUUGGCAGAAGAGUCCAGGACAAAUGCUUGUGAGAAUAAGUCUGGAAUCAUUAAAAAGGAUCAUGUACUGGCUGCAGCAAAGGUAAUUCUAAAGAAGAGCAGAGGUUAGAAGUCAAAGAACACAUUUUUGAAAAUUAUAUGAUGUGAGGCAUCAUGGUGGGGCAUCUAUUACUGUCAAAAUUAUUUAGGUGGUAACAGAUUGUGAAAGCACUUUUUAUAUCAGUUAAUAUUGUGUAUUAUUAAAAUAUUGGCUGGUUGAA